UUGACUUUAAGCCUCAUGCCAGCAUGGACACUGUCCAUCAUAUGUUACUCUUUGGAUGUAAUGAACCCUCUUCUUCUGAAAAUUACUGGGACUGUGAUGAAGGAACAUGCAAAGACAAAUCUAACAUUUUAUAUGCUUGGGCAAGAAAUGCUCCACCCACCAGGCUACCCAAAGGUGUUGGAUUCAGAGUUGGAGGAGAAACGGGUGGCAGAUUUUUUGUGCUCCAGGUACACUAUGGGGAUAUUAGUGCAUUUAGAGAUAAACACAAGGACUGCUCUGGUGUAACUUUACAUCUGACACAUCAAAAGCAGCCUUUGAUUGCCGGAAUGUAUCUUAUGAUGUCUGUGAACACUGUAAUACCACCGGGUGAGAAAGUGGUUGAUGCAGACAUUGCCUGCCAUUACAAAAGGUUUCCAAUGCACCUUUUUGCCUACAGAGUUCAUACACACAGACUAGGUAAAGUAGUCAGUGGAUACAGAGUGAGAAACGGUCAAUGGACAUUGAUUGGUAGACAGAGUCCACAACUACCACAGGCAUUCUAUCCAGUAGAACAUCCUGUAGAUGUUAGCUAUGAUGAUAUCCUAGCAGCUAGAUGUGUGUUCAGUGGUGAAGGCAGAACUACAGAGACACAUAUAGGGUAA